CCAGGAAAGCAUGAGAUUGCUGGAGAAUUGAGUACGUGCCUGGACUUCACUGACCACUGCUCACGCUGUUUUCUUCAUUCCUCGUCUUCCCGCCGGGUCUUGGCCAUUUUCAAAUGCCCCUAGUGCAUAAACCCUAGAUUCACAAGCUCAUCUUCUUUCAUAUAUCUAUCCAACUCCGCCUUCAGGGUUCCAUUGGGAAUCGCGCUUCAUCUGAGGCUCUCUUCUUAGUCUCUAAUCUAAUGUGUUAUUUAAGAGCUUCACGGCACUGCAUUUUCUGAGAUCAUAGCUGCAGAAUUUUGACUUUGGAAUCAAUUGAUGGGUAGAUUGUCUCGUCGAAGCAAUAUUUCCACCAAAACUUCUAAAGAGCAAGAAACUCAAAGAAAAAUACUUCAAUUUCCGGUGACAAAUAAAUUUGCCCAAAAUGUUCAAAAGAUAAAGUACAAAGAAUUUCUUUUGGAGAGACGAGUUAGCCCAAGACUUAAAGCCAUACCCAAAGAUAAAAGACCAUAUUAUGGCAGCAUUCGGAGGAGGAAGUUAUGUGCAUCUAAAGAUGAUGUCUGCAGUGGGAAAACUGAAGAUGAUGAUAAGAGGAGGCAAUUUGAUUCUCCUGAAGAUAAUGCUGUCAUGAACAAAGCUAAAGAUGGUGGAAGAAAGAACCUCUCAGACCAUGUUUCAAAGAAAAGGUCAGAGGGAGUUUUCUUGGAGCGAAGAGUUAGUCCUAGGCUCAAAAAUAUCUCUGCAGACAAAAGACCAUAUUAUGGCAGUGUUCAGAGGCGGAAGUUUGGUAGUUCUACAGAUUAUGCAUGCCACAAAAAAACUGAAGGCAAUGAGUGGAAGAAGCAAUUGGAUUCUCCCAAAGAUAAUGCUGGCAAGGAAAAAACUAAAGCUGACAUCACAUUUACAAACACUGUGCAACGAGUUCCGGGACUUAAUUUGAAGCAAAGAGGUAGCUCUAGACUAAAAAAUACACCUGUAGAUAAAAGAUUAUUUCAUGUUAGAGAUGACCUCUGUGGAAGAAAAAAUAAAAAUGAUCACCAGAUCAUUCUACCACAUUAUCCUGAUGGUAGUGUUAGUGAGAAGAAAAGGAAAGCUGAUCUACUUGAUCUGGCUAGCAAAGAUGGUGAAGAUAGAGGUGGCAAAAUUGAUUUUGCCCUUGGCAUUGAACCUCUUGAGCAUGAUGAUACAGCAAUUAUGGAUUUAAAAGCGGAAGCUCAUUUGGAACACACAAGUUCUGAAAGUUUUCCUGCUGAGGGUAUGCAUCAAAUAUCUAGUGCAAAGGUGAUGGUUGUUUCCCCUUUAAUGCUAAUGUGCAAAGUUAUCAAUAAUCGCGUUCAGAAUUCUAGCAAGCAAGAAUCUGAAAAGGACGUAUUUGGUGUUAACAUUGUGCAACAAUUUCAAAAGUUAGCUCUUUUGGAGCGAAGAGUUAGUCCAAGACUUAAAGGUAUACCAAAAGACAGAAGACCAUAUUAUGGCAGUACUUGGAAGGGGCAGUUAAACACUGCUAAAGGUUAUGUCUGGAACAACAAUGAUCCUAAGAAGCAAUUGCAUUCUUCUGAAGAUAACACUAAGAAGAAAAAAACUGAAGUUAAUCACUCAAUGCAACAAAGUCUAUCAAAAGCGGCUGCGAAAGAUAUAUGCGAUAGAGAUGCUGAAAGUCUGUUGGCCUCUGGUUUUCUACCUCUUAAAUGCGAAGAUACGGAAAUAAUGGGUUUAGAAAAUGGUGCUUAUGUGAAAUCCAUGGACCACAAGAAGUUGUUACUCAAUUGUAUCCGUCACAAGGCUGGUGCAAAGGAUUGUUUUGAACAGGAGAGAGUGUCUAAAGAUUCUUCUAAAUUGCCAGGCUUGGUGUGCGAGGACAUAUCUUAUGGUGAAGAAGAUAUACCUAUUCCUGUUACCAAUAUGAUUGAUCCUCCUAUUGCUCCUACAGGAUUGAAAUACACCAACUCUAUUCACAUUGCAACAAAUUUGAGCAUUCCCUCAAGUCCUUCUGGAUGCAAUUGCAAAGGAAACUGUACCAAUCCUAAGUCUUGUUCCUGUGCUCUACUAAAUGGCUCUGACUUUCCAUAUGUGCGCAAAGAUGGUGGCAGAUUGAUUGAACCAAAGGAUGUGGUGUUUGAAUGUGGUCCAAGAUGUAGAUGUGGACCAAAAUGCAUCAACCGUAUAUCACAGCGGGGGUUGAAAUACCGACUUGAGGUAUACCGCACACUGAAGAAGGGAUGGGCUGUUAGGUCUUGGGACUUCAUUCCUUCUGGGGCUCCAGUAUGUGAAUACACAGGAAUUCUUAGGAGGAGUUCAGAGUUGGAUAAUGUCUCAGAGAAUGAGUUCAUAUUUCAGAUUGAUUGCUGGCAUACAAUGAAUGGGAUAGGGGGAAGAGAGAGGAGACAAGGUGGUGUAUCUCGGCAUGCACGUAAUCUAAUGAAGAAAUUGGAUAAAGCUGAAAGUGAGUCAGAGUUUUGCAUAGAUGGAGUGUCCUGUGGUAAUGUUACCAGAUUUAUUAAUCAUAGCUGUGAGCCAAACCUAUUUGUCCAGUGUAUUUUGAGCUCCCACCAUGACAUUAGACUUGCUCGGAUUGUGCUGUUUGCUGCCGAUGACAUACCUCCUAUGCAGGAACUUACGUAUGACUACGGUUUCGAACUUGAUAGUGUUAUUGGUCCUGAUGGGAAGAUAAAAAAGUUACCAUGCUACUGUGGUACAAGUGAAUGUCGGGGGCGAUUAUACUAGGCACAGGGAAAGUUUCUAAAUUCAGGUUCUAUUUCAUUUCUAGAGCAGCUAUAUAUAUAUACAUAUACGUGAUGAUCUUGUUCUUAUUAUUUUUCUUUAGAUCUGGUUGUAGCUUGUAGCAUUGUGCCCCUUGGAAAAGUGAAACUGUACUUCUGCAAGUUUAUUCUUUGCGACUCUUCCGGCUUUCCUGAAUUCUGCACAUAUGACGGUGUACUUCUUAGGUCAUUUUUGUCGAGAAGAAUAUUAUCAUGUGAUGCAGUGAUCCUGGUUUAUGCGGACCUAGUUUGCGUUAUCUGCCCAGCUGUCUGUCAUUGAUUAAGUGCUUGGUGAAUUUGAAAUGGUUGAUCUUUUGUUGAAUUUCUUGGAAGAUUAUGAAUUGUGUGUGUACUAUGUAGAAACUACAGUCUAGAGAAACUGAGAUUACUAACCAUAUCAUGUAUCUCUGGGAAUAAUCUCAUCAACCAGGCAUUGUAACACAAGAAUCACCUUUCUACCAUCCUGGUAGAUCAUUAGAGCUGAUAAUUAUAGGGAGAAUGCCAAUCCUUGUAAGUUCGAUGCAGGAAAGUAUCUUGCGAAGAAUAUGAAUUUUCAUGCUACAGGACGUUGGUAAAUAUCCAGUAAUGGGUGAACUUAUUGAUGACUGAUUUUUUUGUCUUCUUUAUUCAAACUUUACCUUUUUGUUUUGUUA